AUGCCCGGCGGCACCUGGUGGCUGCCCGGGCGCCGAGCGCCGGCAACGCUCUACGGUGACAACUUCGUGAUACAGCGGAGCGACGCGGGGGAUGGCCAGGAACAGGGCCUCGUUCGGGUGGAGGGGGAUGCGGCGAUCCAGCCCUGGGUGCCGCCGAUCGAGAUGGGCUUGGUGGCGAUCGGCCAGACGAGUUUCCGCACGGCCCUGGCGGUUUACCGGCGAGGCCUGCCGCCUGAAGUUGUGGAGACGGACUGCUCGGUGGUCGAGGAGGAGUGGGGGGCCAGGGAGGGAUCGGCGUGCCUGGCGAUGGUGCCAUUGGAGGCACCGGGGGCAGGGGGAGAGGAGGGGGAGAGGGAGCACCCGCGGCGCACGGGCCGCGUGCGGUUCAGGUGCGACCGCUGCGGGCGGGUCAACGUGAAGGCGUUCAACCCGCUGGCGUGGAACUACGGGGCGGUGCUGUGCAGGUGUGAGGGUUGUGCAGUGGUGCACCUGCUGAGGGAUGAAAAGGGUGUGUUUGGCAUUUGGCGGAGGCCGGAGAAAGCUGUCCCUGCGGCAGGCCUGCUGGGAAGGCUUCACCCUUCGAUAAUGCAGGACAAGGAAUGGAGGUCUGGGGGAUUCGAGCUGUUCGAUUUGUGA